GGCCUAGCUAAUCAACAACUUCCAGGCAUUCUACUCGGUGAAUAGCCUGUGAUAUCUGGCUCGGGUAUUGGUGGCUUAGCCAAGCUGCCGUUCGCCUCACUUUGGGAGCAGGCCACUCAAUGAGCCUCCCACCAGGUGUCACAAGCAUCAUCGUACGCAGGCGCUCACGUUCACCUUAAUUAACUUCCUCCUCGGUACGAUUGCUUUGCGGAAUCUUAUGAAGUUAAUCCCCACCAACCAGGCCGUAUUUGCAUCUCUCAACCCCCACCCCCACAACCUCAUUCAGAGGCUAUUCUCACGCCAAGAUGGUCACGAAGGUCCGCAAUAGCGGAAAGCUGAAGCUAGUAUUCCAUUUGAAGGAACAUGUUGUAUCUGAUGAGGGAAUAGAUAUUGUGAUCAUCCCCGCUGCGUGGACGCUCUUGACCAUUGAACAACAGAAACAGUCAUGCUCAUGGCUGAAGCCCCUUGUUGCUGCAACCCAGAAUGAUACCCGUGUAUUGUUUUUCAGUUAUGAGCUCGAUGUCAAUGGCACCUCUCUCUGGAAUCAACUGCUCGAUCAGAGCUCAUCGCUCUUGGAAGUUUUACAUGAUCUUCGAAGAGAUGCCCAGGGAUACUCCGGAAGCAUCGAGCACUACAUUGAGCAAUAA